CCAUGAAUAUACAAUGGUUUACUUGAUGUCAUAUGUGUGCUGUCAUCUUGAUUCUCAUCAAAUUUCCUUGAACAAUGUCACAAUUUUACACCUUAAUUUGGGAAAAUUCUUUUGCAAGAAAUCGAUUAUAAUCACAAAAUGAUCAAAGUUGUGGAUCUUAAUGUUAAUCAAGGUAACUGUUCUUCACUAACUCUCUAUUCCCUUGGCAUUGAUAAGGUCACAACAGACAGUGAUCCAUAUUACUUUCAUCCUGGAGAAGCUCCUCUUUUAGUAAAUGAUAUUCGCAAUGUGGAUGCUUCCUCUUGCAUUGAUGCUACUAAUUCGUCCAAGUCUAAAAAGGAAAAACUAGGGGAAGGGGGUUUCGGCAAGCUUCACAAAGCAAGGCUUAAGAGUGGUGGUCUUGCUGCAAUCAAGUUAUUGGGCAAAUCCAAAAUCACAAGCCAAGAUUUUUUCAGUGAAGUAGCAAUGGUUGGAAGUAUUCACCAUGUUAAUGUGGUAAAACUUAUUGGCUUUUAUGUUGAGGGUUCAAACCGUGCAGUUUUGUAUGACUUCGUGCCUAAUGGUUAUCUUGAUAAAUACAUUUUUACUAGAGAAGAAAGUACAACCUUGGGUUGGGAAAUACUAUACAAGAUUUCUCUAGGAGUGGCUCAUGGGAUUGAUUAUUUACACCAAGGCUGUGAUAUGCUAAUCUUAUAUUUUGACAUCAUACCUCAUGACAUUCUUUUAGACAAUAACUUCAUCCCAAAAACACCUGAUUUUGGUCUUACAAAAUUAUAUCUGACAAAAGAUAGCAUUGUGUCCCUAACUGCAGCAAGGGGAAAGCUAGGAUACAUGGCGCCUGAGUUGGUCUAUAGAAACAAUGGAGGAGUCUCACACAAGGCUGAUGUCUAUAGCUUUGGAAUGUUGUUGAUGGAAAUGGGUAGCAGGAGAAGGAAUUUAAACCCACAUGCAGAGCAUUCGAGUCAAAUUUACUUUCCUACAUGGGUUUUACAACAAUUGAAUAAAGGAAUGGAGCUGGAAAUAAGAGAAGCCAAGGAAGAUGAAAAGAGAAUAGCAAAGAAAAUGAUCAUUGUGGCUUGGUGGUGUAUAGAAGUGAAACCAAACUGCUAUCCUUCGAUGAGCAAAGCGAUGGAGACGCUUGAAGCGGAUCUCGAAAUUUUUUAGAAAUGCCUCCUAGGCCCUUCCAAAUUUAUCCAUUUGCAAUUGAAGAAGAUGAUGCUAAAAUGAAAACCAACUCCACAGAGCUUUCUAGUUAUUCGUCAGAUGAUGAUAUGAAGACAGAAUCAGAAUCAGAAUCAGAAUCAGCCAGUUUGAUUGAAAAUGAAAAUUAAGCAAAACUGUUACAGAGAAGCCUAAUUAAGUAGAGUUUUCUUU